GCUGAUUGCGCACAUAGCUGAUUAUUUCAUGUUUGAUGUGUGCCGUGGUUUCAUGCUCUGUGAUUUAGUCGCUCCCUUUCAAUUUGAAAACAUAUUUUCGCUGCAGACAUGAGUGCCGGAGGAGGGACCCCGUACAUCGGCAGUAAAAUAAGUUUGAUAUCCAAGGCGCAGAUUCGGUAUGAGGGAAUAUUGUCCUCUGUGGACACAGAUAGGUCAACGGUUGCGUUAGCCAAAGUUAAAUCCUAUGGGACAGAGGACAGACACACAGAUAGACCAGUGCCUCCCAAAGAUGAAAUUUAUGAAUACAUAAUCUUCAGAGGAAGUGACAUCAAAGAUAUCACGGUGUCUGAGCCACCAAAACCACACCAUGGACUGCCUCGAGACCCUGCUAUUGUACAGUCAUCCAUUGGCAGCUCAUCUGCUGCAUAUCACCCACGCUGGAGUUCAUACAGAGACAUGAUGCCCACCUACAACCAGCUGGCUGCUACCUCUCUACUCAACCAGCAGUACAAUGCAGCACUGGGCUUAGUACCAGGACUUCACGGCAUCCCAGCCAGAAGAGCUCCCAUGGUCGAGCAGGCUGUGCAGACCGUGCCAUUAACUGCUGCUGCCCAGAAAAAAGGGAAAACUCCAACCCAGCCGCAGGCCAAACAGCCUGUUCGUCCAAACCAGGGUCAGAAGGAGAAUGUACCAACCAGUAAGCAAAGUCGGGCACCAACUCAGCCGAGUGCAGCCAAAGUUCAAGGCCAAAGCACCGAGAACCAGAAACAACGGCAAAAACAAGGCAGUCGCAGGACCAGGAACCGAAGCAGAGGCCAACUUCUUGUGAAAAAUUCAAAGGCCACAACGCUGCAGUUUGAGUCAGAUUUCGAUUUUGAAACGGCAAAUGCUCAGUUUAAAGAUGAUCUGACAAAAGAGGUUGUGGUUGAAAAGGUGGAUCCUGCAGAGCCCCAGGACAGCCAGGGUAUGCAGGAGGAGGACACCCUCGGAGAUAAGUACUACGACAAAGCCAAGUGCUUCUUUGACAACAUCUCAUCAGACCUUAAGCCCAGGAGGACCACCUGGGCAGAGGAGAAAAAAUUAAACAUGGAAACAUUUGGAGUUCCCGGCCGCUUCCUGAGAGGCAGAGGAUUCAGGGGCCGAGGACGCAGAGGGCAGAGCGCCACUGAGCAGCGACCCCUCCCAAAAAUUGGUAGUGGGAGGGUGUGAAGAAUUUUCUGGGGGUUUUUUUGUUAACAUUUUCUGUAAAUAUGGUCGUUUUCUACUUAUUUAAAAAGUACCUCCCUUUUUUCCCCAUUUGAUGCUGAUAUGAAUUUUUUCUUUCUUUAUCCCAAAAUUCGCAUUCAGGGAAUUUUGUACUCUGAAGCUUUAUUAUAUGAAAUGGGAGAGCAAUUUAUUUUAAUCAAGCAGCUGUAUGCUAGAAACAAAGGUAUUAAUUGGCAGUUAGUUUGGUAUAAAUGCAAUGUUUUUCUUGAACAGGCCAGCAGGCACAUUAUGUUUUGGUGCUAAAUGUAUUAUAUUCUUCUGUCUAGUUGACUGUCCAAAUGUAACUCCAAACUGCUUUUGGAGGACAGCUGUACUUUUUUUCCCCCCUAUCUGGAAAAUGAAAACUGUGGAGGACUUUGUAACAGUUGCUAUUAAAUAACAUAUGAUUAACAGAA